AUGACUAGAAAACGUCAAAACUCGGAGAAAAUAACAAAUUUCUUUCCAACUAUCAAAAAACAACGAUCCAAUUCAUCAUGCGAAAAUGUCUCCCAACAACUCGAAGAUUGUUCAAAUAUCCGGAAAACCAAUGAAAAUUCGGAAUAUUCAUCAGAUGAGCUUGCCGAAUUGUUAGGAUUAAAGGAGAGAAGAAGAAAUGCGCGGAAGCUUCAAGGAUUGACUCCGUUUGAAAAACUUCCCAAAGUUUUCUAUACCCAAUUGUUCAAUUCAUUGGAUAUGCGUUCGAUUUCAGCUCUCUCGCUGGCUUCAACCGAAACAAUGCGACAUGUUCGAACCUAUGUCUUAGAAUACGCAUUUUAUCGAAGAUUCCAACUAGACAAUCUCAAUUUCAUGAAUAGUUCGUGUCGCGUGGAAGAAGACGAAGAUUUUCUCAUCAAAGACCCAUUUUACAAUUGCGGAAGCUUGCUGAAAUCAAUAACCAUCACUUUAUCAACUGAAACUCGCGCGCAAGUAUUCCUCAAUAUUUGCCGUAACUUGCACAGUGUUUCACGCGGUACACUCUGCGGAUUUGGCCGGAUUUUGGAAGGGGUUACCAGUAUGUGGACAUUUUCGGAAAGACGUGUUAUGGUCAAAGCUGCUAUAUUGAUUGAUCCGAGUUUGCAUGAAAAUAUUGUGGAGGUUUUGACAAAUCCUGCUGGGAAAUUAGUUGGAUUAGAGUUGAAGGUAUCUAAGAAUCUUCUAUUUUCAAAAUUUUUUUAAAAUUUCCAGCAGGUUUUUGAAGCAAAUGAGUUGAAGUAUUGGGUUUUAAUGUUAUUCAUAUGAUAGAAUGGUCUAAGACGAACAGAAUGAUAUAAAUUUUGAUGUCUUUACGUUAUCCAUAAGCGAUUUAGCGAGGUUUAGUCGAUAUUUAGUCGAUAAAGUCGCUAAAUUACUUAUGGAUGACGUAAAGUCAUCAAAAUUUAUAUCAUUCUGUUCGUCUUAGACCAUUCUAUCAUAUGAAUAACAUUAAAACCCAAUAUUUCAACUCAUUUGCUGGAAAAACCUUUAGUCGAUGUCCAACUCUAGUUUCCAGGUUCGUUCCCGCCUCCAAGAACUCUUCCUCAAUCGCAAUCAGGAAAUCGAUAAUUCGCCUCCCGAAGAAAUCAUCGAAUUUGGCUCGUGGCUCUCGAUUCUGCUCCAAAACUUCACCGAACAAUACCAAGGCCGUCUCUACUACAUUCUUUUCGGCCCAACGAUUUUGACACAAACUGGCGAAAAAUUGGAUUGGAGUUACUUUUUCGAAAUGGAAGGUGAAAAACAACAUCGAAGCUAUCAUGUUAUCAAAAGUCGUCUAAAAGCAUUGCUAAAUGGAAUAAGAGCGUUGCGGAUUAUGAGUAUGACAAGAAGAAAAGAUAUGUCGUGGACGAGUCGGAAGAUUUAUCGAUUAUUUUUGAGAGUUGUUGAUGCGAGUUCAGUGGAUGGUUUAGAUUGGUCGAAGAUCAGUGUUUCUAUGGCAUUAGCUAUUGAUACAAGUGGAAUUUUCUGCGAUUAUUUGAUUAUCUCGUGCGAUUCGCCAACUGAUGGUUUAAAAGAGCAAUAUCUAGAUGUUGCUCAUAUGGUAAACCGUGUUCGAGCUGUAAGUGACAGUUUAUAGCUGGCAGAAAUUUCAUCUUGCUUUCAGCACAUCUAUCAUUGGACUGGCACACCAUCAACCUAUCUUUCUGAGCCGCUUCACCGGAUUUUCAAGCAUCUGUCUGUUAUUGAUGGUGGAAGAAUAGGUAAUUUAAAGGAGCAUGCGAUAUCUUGCAGCGAAUACCGUAUACGCUCUUUUCGUUUUUUUCUACCCACCUUUUUCUUUUGUUUUUCAUCCAGUUUUUCAAAUAAAGGAGUUGUUGGCGUUGGAGGAUUUGAGACCUUCGCCAAGUCUUCUGGACUAACCGGCCCAGUUGGCCGGCGAAGCGAUAGACCCUGGAAGAUUCUAGAUUUUCGGGAAAUUUCGAGCCAAACGGUCACCUGUGCUGAUUUUCGGCGAAUUGAUGAUGCGUAG